UGCGCAUGCGCAUCAAAGCUUUAUGGAUUAAAAAAGGUCACGAACUCUGACCCUCUCGACAACUGCAUAAAACAUUUCCAAUAUUAUUGCACUGAAAGCAAUACAUUUUAUUACAUAUCGGAUUUUCAAAAGGUAGGAGGCAUUCGUUACUGGGAAAGUACGCGAGACUCAUGAGUAUCGCGCUGUUGAAGAAGCAGGAAGGAAGUUGCCAUUAGCUACUAGCUAACAACCAGCUAACAUAGCUUCUCAUAGUCUGGAGCUACACUGAGGUCUGGUAUGUGAAUCCUCCUACAAAGUCCUACUUUUUUUACUAGCCUCAUGCGACAGUAGGUGGACUUUAAGAAACGCCGAACGAAGGUGUGUAUGCCUCAUGGGGCACUGAUGUGAGGAGCGGCGGAUGAAGGUGUGCGCAGUAUUAGAAUGGAUGGACAGACUCACAAGAUUCAGCUUGUGUCAACAGACAGCAGCAUGGCUUUAGGACAUCGAAUCCAGAUCGUAACUGAUCAGCAGACCGGGCAGAAGAUCCAAAUUGUCACAGCACUUGAGCCAUCCUCCCCGGGGAAGCAACAGUUCAUCUUGGCGAAUGCCGACUAUUCCCCUGGCGGGAAGGUGAUUCUGGCCAAGCAGGAAGGCUCUCCUAACAAGGUGAUCCUCGCCUCUUCGGACGGCUGUGGGGUCAACCAGCUGCUUUUUGCUGCCCCCGAACUGGCAGGACAGCAGAUUCAGUUUGUGACUGACGGCUCGGACCAGUCUAUCGUCAAGCCUGUGGUGGAGUAUUGUGUUGUCUGUGGGGACAAGGCGUCAGGGCGUCACUAUGGAGCCGUCAGCUGCGAGGGCUGCAAGGGCUUCUUCAAACGUAGCAUUAGAAAGAACCUGGUGUAUACCUGCAGGGGAUCCGGAGAAUGUGCCAUUAACAAACUACACCGAAACCGCUGCCAGUACUGCCGACUACAGCGCUGUAUAGCUUUGGGCAUGAAGCAGGAUUCUGUGCAGUGUGAACGCAAGCCCAUGGAAGUUGCCACCAGAGAGAAAUCGAUGAAUUGUGCGGCCUCCACGGAAAAGAUCUACAUCCGGAAGAACCUUUGUAGUCCUCUGGCGGCCACGCCCACUUUUGUAUCUGAGAAGGAAACUGCUCGAUCCACGAGUUUGCUUGAGUCUAGCAUGUUGCUCAACAUCCAGCAGCCCUUCCCUAAGCUGGAAAACACCAUCCUGGUUCCAGCAUCCCCUGAUAAGGACGAUCUAUCUCAAGGGGACCUUGGUACCUUAGCAAACGUGGUGACAUCACUCGCCCACCUCAACAAGACCAGGGAGCUGAGCGACGGCGGGAACGACGUGAUGGGAGCCGAAACGCUCAGCAACGGCGACGGCUCCAUGACGGACAUCAACGUCGAAGAUCACUCUGCGAGUGAUAUCACCAGAGCUUUCGACACGUUAGCCAAAGUCCUACAUCCUGACGACGGCUCGGCCGGAGAAUCUUUAGAAACCACCAUGCAGCUGAUGUCGGGGGACCAGUCGGGUCCAGUGGUGGAGCUGGAUGGGCCUCUUCUUUCUGAGAGCCAUAUCCCUUUCAAGCUUAUGAUGCCUUUGCCGGUACCAGAGUACCUCAAUGUCAACUACAUCUGUGAGUCCGCGUCCCGGCUACUUUUUCUCUCUAUGCACUGGGCACGCUCCAUACCUGCCUUUCAAGCCUUAGGUGGACAAGACAAUGACAUUAACUUGAUGAAAGCCUGCUGGAACGAACUUUUUGCCCUGGGCCUGGCACAAUGCUCCAACAUUAUGAAUGUUGGUACCAUUCUAAGUGCUAUUAUCAACCAUCUGCAGACCAGCUUACAGGAAGAAAAGCUGUCCCCGGAGAGAGGAAAAGUGGUAAUGGAGCACAUCUGGAGGAUGCAGGAGUUCUGCAACAGCAUGUCCAAGCUGUCCCCAGACUCUUAUGAAUAUGCCUACCUCAAAGCUAUUGUUCUCUUCAGCCCUGAUCACCCCGGCAUAGAUAACAUCCCGCAGAUCGAGAUGUUCCAGGAAAAAGCGUACAUGGAGCUGCAGGACUACGUUACGAGGACCUACCCCGAGGACUCUUAUCGGUUAUCCAAGCUGUUGCUGCGCCUUCCGGCCCUCAGGCUAAUAAGCGCAGCUGUCACGGAGGAGCUGUUUUUCGCCGGGCUCAUCGGCAACGUGCAGAUUGACAGCAUCAUCCCUUACAUCCUCAAGAUGGAAUCCACUGAUUAUAACAGCCAAGGGGGCUCUGGUGUCUGACAAACGGACGGUGCCAUUAAACAAAGAAAGAAAAGAAAAAAAAAAAAAGUCAACAUUUGGAUUGCAAAAGGUUGGCAAACAAAGCAUUUAGAGAACUCAUCAAACCGGUUUUUGAAUGAGUAUAACAAACUAGAUUCAUGCCUCGCUAUCCGUUUUCAAUUCUGUUCUCUCUCUUAGCUUCUCUUCUCCAUACGCUGUCAGCUGGGCUCAGCUCGCUAAUGGGACAACCUGCAGAGACUCUGAGAAUUCAAUUCUUAAAACCUGCAUAGCAGAUUUAGCUUUUUACUGUAUGGUAUUUUAUGCUUUGUACCUUUUAUGCCUUUGUUUUUCUGAAAAACUCAUUUGUAUUUUGAUUGAAGCAGCAUGGUUUGUUUGUUUUUGUUUUUUUUUGUAUUCAUUACUUCUCUGACAUGGCCAUGCUAUUUUAUGUUAGGGUGGUUACAACAAAAGAAAAUGUGAAAUAAAUUUGUGAGCUCUUCUCAUCAAAGGUUAUUUAUGGCUCACUAGUUUGCUAAUCCGACGGAUUAGCUGCAUCUUAGCAUCAUGUGGAUCUGAAGUAACUGUAUAUAUAUUUAUAUAUAAAAUGCACCAAAAAAAGCUAUACAGUAAACAUUUGGUAAUUUGUGUAUUCUGUCAUUUUGGACAAGGAAAUGUUGAUGGAUAAAGAAGGUCUUGUCAUUUGAAAAUAAAAACACCUUUCAGU